AUGGCGUCCUUUAUGGAGGAGCUAUGGUCGAGCAUUUUCACGCCAGGCCCCACCCCAACGCUGUUGAUCGCGACCAACGUUACCUUUGCUGCGCUCCAGCUCCUCUUCCUUGUCCUCCUCCUAGCAACGUAUAGCAUCCACUUCGUCGUCCUCUCGUUCCUCAGCGGCGGGUUAUGGUUCUCGAUCAACUGGUUUGCGCGAGAAGUGCAGGCCGUGCAGCGAGCGCAGGAAGCCGACAAGAAAGCACAGGCCGAGACAGCGAGUAUCGGGUCCGAUAAAAACAGGAAGAAGGAUUCCGUGCUGGACAGUGCCGAUAGCGAGACUGAGACCGAGAACUUGGUCGGCCAGAAGAAAACCUCCGCUUCCGCUUUGACAACUGGCAGUGCUGCAUCGGCCAGCCAAGAUGCCAAGAAGCGCAUCAGCAACGGUGGAGAUAGUUCUGGAUACGGAAGCACUGAUAGCGAGUGGGAGAAGGUGGAUCAGAACUAG